AUGGCAUUGGGGCUGCUGAUCGCGGUGCCCCUGCUGCUGCAGGCGGCUCCCCCCGGCGCGGCUCACUACGAGAUGCUGGGCACCUGCCGCAUGAUCUGUGACCCGUACAGCGUCGCUCCCGCAGGGGGACCCGCGGGCGCCAAGGCUCCACCGCCGGGACCCAGCACCGCUGCCCUGGAAGUUAUGCAGGACCUCAGCGCCAACCCCCCGCCUCCCUUUAUCCAGGGACCAAAGGGUGAUCCAGGGCGACCAGGCAAGCCAGGGCCUCGGGGUCCCCCUGGAGAGCCAGGGCCGCCUGGGCCCAGGGGUCCCCCGGGGGAGAAGGGAGAUUCGGGGAGGCCGGGGCUACCCGGACUGCAGUUGACAACCAGCGCGGCCGGCGGCGUUGGAGUGGUGGGUGGCGGAGCCGGGGGUGGUGGCGACACGGAGGGCGAAGUGACCAGUGCGCUGAGCGCCGCCUUCAGCGGUCCCAAGAUCGCCUUCUACGUGGGACUCAAGAGCCCCCAUGAAGGCUACGAGGUGCUCAAGUUCGACGACGUGGUCACCAAUCUUGGCAAUCACUACGACCCCACCACGGGCAAGUUCAGCUGCCAGGUGCGGGGCAUCUACUUCUUCACUUACCACAUCCUCAUGCGUGGCGGCGAUGGGACCAGCAUGUGGGCGGAUCUCUGCAAAAACGGGCAGGUGCGCGCCAGCGCCAUAGCCCAGGACGCGGACCAGAAUUACGACUACGCCAGCAACAGCGUAGUACUGCACCUGGAUUCCGGCGAUGAAGUCUACGUGAAGUUGGACGGCGGGAAAGCUCAUGGGGGCAAUAACAACAAGUAUAGCACAUUCUCGGGCUUUCUCCUGUACCCAGAUUAG